AUGGCUGGGCGACACUUCUGCCUCCUGGCAUGUGCAUGCUCAUAUCUCCUAUCCCUGGUUGGGGCUGAACGCCCUGAGUUCACUAUCGACCAGCUCUGGGAGAUGGAGAACAAUUUCUGGACACAGUUUUUGUAUCCGGCGAAUGUGAAACAAAUCAACGCGACAGAUGAGUCGGUAUUUGCUGAAGACGUCCAAGGCCGCGUCGACAUCACCCGCACCUUCGACGGUCGCGAGCUCAACAACGAAUACAUCUUUGGCCUGUUCACGCAACCCGAUACCGUCAGUCUCACCGGAGUGCCCAUAAACUACACCAUCACGCAGUUCGCCGCAAAUCAGAACCUCGCGUCCGCGACCACAGUGCUGACAUUCAACGUGACGACCUUCAACGUGCUCCUCCCCCUCGUCAUAGACACAUGGAUCGAGUUCAACGCCGACGGCAAGAUCGCGCAAUACGACGCCACAUUCCGCUGGUUCGAUUACUUUGUGGAUACGCUGCUCGGCGUCGCAGCGAAGCAAUUCAACACGACGGAUGAGGCUGAAGUGCAGAGGCAAGUAGCGGGGAUUGUUGCGCCGACGGUCUGUGAUCAGAGUAUGAAGUAUUGUGGGGAUUAUGAGCACUAUGAGAGUCAUGAUCAGUGUGUGGAGUAUCUGACAAAGGAGACGCGGUUCGGGAAGCCGUUUGAAUUGGGGAGGGAUACGUUGCUCUGCAGGGAGGUGCAUAAGCAUAUGGUUGGGUAUCGGCCCGACUUGCAUUGUUCGCAUAUUGCGCCGUCUGGGGGUGAUUAUUGUGUGGAUGAUAUGAAUUAUCAGCAGGUUGUGUUGGAGAAGUAUUUUGAGGAUUCGUGGGUGGCGCAUGGGUUCGCUGAUGAUAAUAUUUGGGUUGCUUGA